CCACACUGUCUUCAACCAGUGAACGGCAGCGACAGCGGUAGGCGAAGCGCCGCCAUCAGCUCUGAAUAAUCCGCAGAACCGACAUCACCGGCUCGGGCGACGACUGGACCGGAGGGACCCGAUAGCGCCUCCCCAACAUUUGUGGUACAAACAUUUCAAGAGAGACAAUAUAAAGAUGGCUGGAACGUCAUCUUCGGCCGUCGCUCGGCGACCUCAUUUGCAAGCUCUUCGCGUUAUCCUGAGUCGACUGGACGUGCGUCUGCCGCGGGCCAUGUCUCUCCUGUUCAGCGUGCUGAAGUACGCGCUUGGGCUGUUGCUGCUCGUCAACAUACGGGCUAUACCACUCAGUUGGCACUUCCGCGUCUUUGCCCCCGUAUUCAAGUUGCGAUAUCAGUGGUACCUCCUGGUCCUCAAGACCCUCUUCAAGUCUCCCGAAGAGAAGCUACAAGCGAAAGAGGAAUGGUUGGAGAAGCUGAUGCCGGUGGGCAAGAGCCCAUUCGAGCUCGAGGUUAGGCAUCAAGCGUGGGCCGGUCCGGAGGACUGCGACUACAACAUGCACCUGAGCAACUCCUGUUAUCCGAAGAUCUUGGACCAAGCUCGCCUCAAAGCGGCGCUCGCGACCUGCCCCACCUUCUUCCGCGCCGGCGGGUGGAUGCCGCUAGGCGCGACGCACCACCAGUUCAUCCGCGAGGUCCCCAUCUUUGCCAACUUCGAAGUGCGCCUGAGUAUCGGCAGCUGGGAUAAGAAAUGGUUGUACAUCGUCGCGCGAUUCGUCUCUCAUCCGAAGAACAAGUCCAAGAAACCCCAAGCCAUGCCCUCCGCCGCCCAAGUCCGCGCCACCCUGCAAUCCACUGGCAAAUCCGACAGCGAAUCUGAGCUGCACGAGAACGUGCCGAUGCUGCACACCCCCGCUGAACCCCUCGAAGCCGAGUCCAGCCCGUCCGCCACACCAGGGAGCGUCACCCCGAACCCGGCCGCGAACGCCGCCUACUCUUCCUCUCCUGCACCGACCGCUCGCGCACCCGCGGCCACGCCCGAACCCGACGGCGCGACACUCCACUGUAUCGCCGUCUCCGCCAUCUGCUUCAAGAUCGGGCGGAUCACCGUCCCGCCCGCGCUCGCGCUCGCCGCCGAGGGCUUUUCGCACGCUCCUCCCUCCUCCUCCACCAAAGAAGUCGAAAUCGGCAGCUACUCGCUGGCUAACCCGCCGCCGCACUGGACCACCGUGCGCGCGCUGCGGCCGCACCCGCUCAAGCUGCGCGACUUCCGCAAGUUCCUCUCCGGCGGCUGGCGCGAGGUGUCGGAGAGCGAGCGGUGGUGGGAGCAGGCGCUCGGCGCCGAGGUCGAGCGGACGAGGGCAGAGCGGUUGCCGAGUUUCGAGGGGAUCAGGAAGGGGUUGGAGGACGCGAGGGAGUACCGCACCUAAUUCACUUAUGCAUACCUACACACGUAGACAAUGUUAGAUUAAUUUGCC